GUCACCUGGUAAACGCCGGCUCGAAAGGGUGUGUGAUGUUUUCUCAUGGCCAGCAAUAACUUUAUUACAUCCAUCAGUUGUACACAACAUCAACAACGCACAUCAACAUCACUCGCACAAGCGGUCUCGGUACAAGUACGAGUUUCGCGCAUACACUUGCGCGGUACAUUGCGCGUCUAAACUCGAUUUGCUUCCCAUCUAACAAAAUAAAUUUUAAAAAAGUGACCAACAAUACUAAAAUAUAAAAUCCAUAACCAAUAAAUAAUGCUUCCGUUUAUUUUAAAAAAUAAAAAAAUCAAAUGGUGAGUGGUCAUUAAUCAGGGCAAAAAGUAACCGGGUUUGCAACUGAGACAAGUCAAAAAAGUAAAGUAAAUAAAUAAAAAGGUGGCUGUAAAAAGGUAUAUAAAGGAAGAGCGUUAAGUAAAAAAGAAAAGAGGCAACGAGGUGGGUAGUGAGUAGUGAAGGUAGAGGAAGAGGAGGGAAAAGACGAAGACGACGUGCGAGGGCGCGCAGGAGUUUUAGUAUCCCCUGGACAUUCCUGUCUGUUUGGCAAUUCAACAUCAACUAUUUUUUAAGUUGAAAACCUCUAGCAACUGGAGGUCCUACGUAGCUAACGACUCGUCGCCCUUUAUUUUAACUACCAAAGGAAUACAUAUAUUCUGUUCAUUAACUUUCAGUCGUGUUCACUGAACGAUAAAAUUGUGCAUACGCAAUAAUAAAUACACCGGCAUCAAAUGUUAAGCUAAAAAAACCGUUUUAUUCUACUAGUGAUUAAAUAUUAUUAAUAACAAUAAUAAUAAUAAUAAUAAUAAAAAUUAUUAAUUAUUGUUAAAAGAGGGAGCCUUGUAAUAAAUGUCAAAGUGCGCAUAAACGCGGGAAAAUUAAUUCAUCGGUUAAUAAAAGCGAAACGUCAAUUGUCAUAGCGCAUAUGCAUUAAUUCAAGGUACGAGUUUUGUCUGUGGUUACUGUGGUGGUUUGUUUUUUUUUUUUUUUUAAAUUUUAUUUUCUAAAAUAAUGCGGUGUUGUUUUAAUAAUAAUCUUCGUUAUUGUGUCGUAAUUUUGUUCUAAUAAAUUGAUCGAUUAAAUGACUGAAUUGAGAGUGAUAAAAUAGAGCGGAAAAUAAACUAAAUAUUACGUGGGGAUCGAUGUGCUGUGUAAAACAUGGCUGAGGAGCUGCUGGUCACGCUUUGCAGAAGCGACACCGCGGGAUUUGGAUUUUCGCUACUUGGUACUGCCGGGCUGCCUCAUGUUAUUUAUGAUAUUGUUGAAAAUUCACCAGCAGCUGACAGUGGAAAGGUCGAGGCAGGAGAUGUCAUUCUCAGGGUAAACGACGUUGAUGUUAACCGAUUUAGUACCAAAGAAGUGCUCAAAUGUCUUCGAUUAUCCUCCGAUCCAGUUACCCUCAAACUAAAAAGGGAUCCAGCAAUAAAGUCGCACGUGAAGCGUCUGCUGUCGUCAGGCCAGGGUAUUUGCGAGGCGGAGCUGUCGACGAACAGUUGCGGAAAAAACUCUCAUAACAACACCGGCUCUAACUCUAACGCUGUAAAUUGCGAGGACAAGACCACCAAAAAAACUAACCUGAUCUUCGACAAUUUAUCAGACAACUCAUUGCCAUCGGUGGAGAGUGUUAAUCAGUAUGCUAAGCGAACCAAUGGCUCCUACAGCGACGCCUCGGGCUCGUCUGAGUUUGAGGCACUUCUUCCGCCAGCCGACAGCUUCAAAGAAGAGGAGCGUGCCCAGUGGGAGCCUUUGUCUGGUGAGAAAUUCGCUAAACAGAAAAACACACCAAGGUUUGAAGCAUACAUGAUGACCGGGGAUUUGAUGCUUAACUUAUCGCGCACACAACAGAGCUCAGGACUACUGCCAAAGUACCAAAAGAAAGUAGACUCGUUGAGGUACAACAACCACUACAUUCACCGGCAUCACCACCACAACCACCAUCACAACAACCACCACCACCAUCACCACCACCACAACUCGGUGCCUACCAGCCCCAACGAGAUGAUGGGCCACAACCGAAACUACAAAAACCCGCCUUCAAACCCUCCAGGCGUCGGGAUGAACACCGGCGGCUCGAAUUCCGCCAACACCUCCCCAGUUGGUCUGAUAAAACGCGACGUGGCCGGGACUCAGCACACCCACUCCAUGGUCGACAAGUCUGCGAUCUCCAGCUUCGGGUACUCCAGCGGGUUCGUGAGAACGUCGCGCUCCGAGGACCACCUGCAGUUCCAAAAAGACCCGUCGAUGAGCGCGGUGGACAUUGACAUCGACGAUGAUGUAACUUCCAGUUUGAACACUCUGCUGGACACCAGGCCAGACAGCGGACAAGGAGUGUCCAGCGAGCGCAUCGUCUGGACCUACAACGCUCCAGUGAGCUCGCCCUCGGCGUCAGAGCGCACGUCUUGCUGCCAGAACGGGAGCUCUCAAUCCUCCUCGUCGUCAACGGGCAGCAAUUCCUCCUCUACUGAAGACACCAGUCCUCAGCGGUCUCUGUCUCCAGCUUCUCCGACCUCGGUGUCAUCCUCCGUGAUGUCCUCUAACUCCGGGUCACGCAGAUUUCCGCUGCCCAGUGGCACCACGUGCACCAACAGUGUCAAUCCGAAUUGUUUGGCUGGAACGGGUAACGCUGGAACGAUAUCCUCGGGACACUUGAUUAAUAACGUGCCCAUGAUGAUGAUGACCGACCCGAGCAACGUCAAUAAUUGCUUAAAUAUCUCCGGUGGUGGUAACGGCAGCGGGGGUGGAGCUGGCGGAGGUGGAUAUCACCCGACAAACGGGGACCUAAGUCAAUCGGAAGCUAUCAGUAAUAUGUCCAGCCCCGACUACAAUGACGAAGAGACAAUGGAUAUACUUAGUGCGCGGGAUAUUAUGAUGGUGAGUGAUCCGAGUGACAGUGACUCGACGAUCCUCGCCAGUGAACCGCCCCAAAGGCGGCUUAAAACUGGCUACAGCCAAGAGACUAGUGAUCAUCGUAUAGUGAUACAAGUUAAGGGCCCUGAAAAGGACUCUAAUCCUAGGAAUAAUAAUAAUCAUAGUAAUAGUAAUAAUAGUAACAGCAAUCCUGGUGGAAGCCCUAGACAAAAUCGCCGGAGAGGCUCCGGGGGAAAUAACGACCGCCCACUUUCCAGCGUGAGUUCUACAAACGCUGAAUUUUCUGGUUACCAGGAAUUGAAAGAUAAUGAAGACGGGGACGCUGUUAAUUAUUUGUACGAAGAACAAAAACAAAGUGGUCAAUCUCCACCGCAGUCAGCUGACGAGGAAAGUGAUAUUGAAAGCCUUCAUAGUUUCCAUUAUAGCCCUAAAGCUGUUGAUCCAGCUUUGGCUGUUAGAUUGGCUAAGAGAUUAUACUCACUUGAUGGACUCAAAAAGUCUGAUGUUUCGAGGCAUCUCAGCAAAAACAACGACUUCUCCAGAGCGAUUGCCGAAGAGUACCUGAGGUACUUUAAUUUUGAAGGAGAUACGCUGGACGUGGCGCUCAGAAAGUUUCUCGCGCAAUUCUCAUUAACAGGGGAAACUCAGGAGAGAGAACGAGUACUUGUACAUUUUUCAAAGAGAUAUAUCGACUGUAAUCCUGGCUCUUUUAAUUCCCAAGACGCUGUUCACACUCUUACGUGUGCGAUAAUGCUGCUCAAUACAGAUUUACAUGGUCAAAACUUGGGUAGAAAAAUGUCAUGCUCUCAGUUUAUAGAAAAUCUCUCAGAGCUCAUUGACGGUGACUUUCCCCGAGAGGUGCUUAAAUAGCUGUACACUGCGAUUAAAUCGUAUCCACUUGAAUGGGCUUUGGAUGAUGAUGGUGACGAGUUAGCAUCUCAAGUAGUUCAAUUAGGCGAUGGACCUGCGACAUCAGCUUCUGGAAAUCCAUUCCUAGAUGUGCCAAAUGUUUCUGGUGCCACGGAAUUUAAAAAAGGAUAUGUAAUGCGUAAAUGUUGCUACGACGCUAAUGGAAAGAAAACCCCAUUUGGUAAGCGAGGAUGGAAAAUGUACUACUGUACCUUACGAGAACUAGUACUUUAUUUACACAAAGACGAGCACGGCCUCCGUAACGACAGCUUGCAUAACGCGAUUCGAAUUCAUCAUGCACUGGCAACUAAAGCGUCGGAUUAUACGAAGAAGCAACAUGUUUUCAGGCUCCAGACUGCCGACCAGGCGGAAUAUCUCUUCCAAACUAGUGAUUCAAAGGAACUACAAUCGUGGAUAGACACAAUAAAUUUUGUUUGUGCAAGUUUUUCAUGUCAACCUCUUGCCGGAGCGGUAGGUUCUCAACGAAAGUUUCAGCGGCCUUUGCUUCCCUGCAGUCACACCAAAUUGACGCCUCGUGAACAAUUAAGGGACCAUGAAGAACGAGUUAGCAGACUGGAGGCUGAGCUCGAGGAACAUCGAAGACAUCCGCCGGAACGGGGAGCUAAAGCUCUCACUGUACAAAAUUACAAAGAAAAAGACGCUUAUCUUCAUUAUGAGUUAAAAAGAUACAAGACAUAUUCGUAUUUAUUACGAUCCCGACUGGCGUUCACAGAAGUAGAGCCUUCAUUAGUAGAAAGCAGCAUCGGAGAAGUAGACGAAGGCGUAGGCGGUGGAAUGUUAAACCCAGAAGCUGGUGUGAUACCACCACCGGUGCCGGAUCGUCCAGCAACAAAUAGGGACGAUGAGACGACGUGAAUCAUUCAUCGAAUCAACUGGACAUUAUAUACGACUUAAAGAUAUUAAA